AUGCGAUGCGCCGGCUCACGACAAAUUCGAAAAUCCGCCUGGGCUUUGGGCCGAAUUCAGAAUGCGCGCGGCAUUGCUACUUCGUAUCUGGAAAAGGUGGCCGAGGGCAACAAGCGCUGGGAGGAGAGAGCGGUGAAAAUUCAAAACGGCGAGCUGCCGCAUGUGUGGGAUGUCCUCGACGAGAGAGGCUACAUUAAAGAUGUCGCGGGGACCCCCGAAAAGAUCAAAGAGCUCAUGCGAGUCAAGAGAAUAGGAGCCUAUGUCGGAGUUGAUCCUACCGCCGACUCUAUGCAUGUCGGACACUUGCUUCCCAUGAUGCCCCUCUUCUGGCUGUGGUUCCACGGCCACCCGGCUGUGACCCUUCUUGGCGGCGCGACUGCUCGAAUUGGCGAUCCUACCGGCCGCUUGCAAUCCCGAGAGAUUAUGUCGAACUCGGAUAUUUCGAAAAACGUCACAAAGAUACACUACCAGCUGUCGAGAUUAUGGCAUAACGUGGCGGCGCUGAGGGACAAGUACGGCUUCGAAAAGGACUGGGCGGCGAAACAGAGCCUGCUCAACAACGGCAUGUGGCUGCAAGGCUUGACCAUGUACGAUUUCACCAAGAGGCUGGCGCGACACACCCGAAUCGGACCCAUGCUGACGCGCGAUACUGUGAAGCGAAAAAUGACAGAGGGAGACGGCAUGUCCCUGGGCGAAUUCAUGUACCCCCUGUUCCAGGGCUGGGAUUUCUGGCACAUGUACCAGAAAAUUGGCGUUCAAAUGCAAAUCGGUGGCUCCGACCAGUACGGAAACAUCGUUGCCGGUAUCGACGCCUUGAAGGUUAUCCGAGAAUCCGAGGAGAUGCCCGAGAUGAGGAUUCCUCCAAACUGGACAAACGAAGCCGUCGGCUUCACCGUACCGCUACUGACGGAUUCUGCUGGUGUCAAGUUUGGCAAGAGUACGGGUAAUGCGAUCUGGCUGGAUGAGUUCAAGACGACACCCUUCGAGCUCUAUGGGUACUUUAUGCGCCGACCUGAUGAGGAUGUUGAGAAGCUUCUCAAACUAUUCACAUUCAUGCCCAUGAGCAAAAUCCAGCAAGUCAUGGUCGAGCACCAGGCUGAUCCGUCCAAGCGCAUUGCCCAGCACACUCUGGCAUUCGAGGUCCUAUCCCUGGUACACGGCUCACAAAAGGCCGUGGAGGAGGCCCAGCAGCACCAGUUCCGCUUCGGUGGCCAGCUCCCCUAUUUCGUCAAAGAGCCCAAGCCAGAGACGGGCAUUCUGACGCCAAACACCGCGCCAAGGAAGGACAUUGAACUUCCCCAAGCCGUUCUGAGGCUCUCUCCAGCAAAGCUUCUAUACGCAGCCGGCCUCGCUAGCAGCGCCAGCGAGGGUCAGCGACUUGUCGUGCAGCAAGGCGCCUACGUGGCUGCUCGGCCUGGUCAGCAGCGGGGCCUCGUCCCGGGCAACCUGGACUGGACGCCCAUGAAGAUGUGGUUCCCCGAAGAGACGGCCAAGUUUGUCAUUGACGAGCGUCUGUUGAUCCUGCGCAAGGGCAAGCACAACAUUCGAAUUGUUGAAAUCGUCAGUGACGAGGAGUGGGCAAAGAGCAAGAGAAUAUACCCCGGCCAGCCUUUCACCGGUGUCAUCAGACAGGUCAAGGAGCAGUUGAGAGUCGAGGCGGAAGACAAGGGCGAGGAUUUGACGCCUAGAAAAAUCGUCGUGGAGCUCAACAGGAGGAAGAGAGAAGAAACGGUAAAAGUAGCAAACAACCCUGAUAUCGAGCUACCAAGGCCGGUGCCAACAUGGCUUAAGCGGGGAAAAGUAAAGAAGAAUAACUCCUCGAAGCGAUAA